UUAGGUUUCACUUGUCAUGGCGGCUAUGUUGAAGGAUAAGGGCCAGUUAACAUUUGAAGAUCAGUGGCCAUCUAUGCGGCCAACUAUAUUGAAGUUGCUCCAGCAGGAGCCAGUUACGCAAAAUGAAUGGCAUGGUAUUUUCUACUCCGUUCAUGUUGUAUGCCUGUGGGAUGAGAAAGGACCACCUAAAGUGAAAGAUGCUUUGAAAGAUGAUAUUAUGGAUUUUAUUAAGCGCGCCCAACAGAGAGUUCUUUCUCACCAAGAUGAUCAAGCUCUACUUAAAGCAUAUAUUGCAGAAUGGAGAAAAUUCUUCACCCAAUGUGAUUACCUACCGACACCUUUCCGUCAAUUAGAAACUGCAUUGGCUGGAAAAUCCAUGUCAGCCAAUAAGAAACCACAGAAUGAAGAGAGUAUUGUAAGAAAGCUGAUGCUUGACAGUUGGAACCAAAGCAUAUUUAAUGAUAUAAAACAGAGGCUGCAAGAUUCGGCCAUGAAGUUAGUCCAUGCUGAGAGAAAUGGAGAAGCAUUUGACUCUCAGUUAGUCAUAGGAGUGAGAGAAUCUUAUGUUAAUCUCUGCUCAAAUCCUGAAGACAAACUUCAGAUAUAUAGGGAAAAUUUUGAAAAAGCUUAUAUUGAUGCUACCGAGAGUUUUUAUAAAAUGAAAGCUCCUCAAUAUUUACAAGCUAAUGGAGUGCAAAAUUACAUGAAAUAUGCUGAUGCUAAAUUAAGAGAAGAAGAACUUAGAGCGCAGAAAUAUCUUGAGCCAUGUAGUGGAUCUGUACAAGCUUUGACUGAUUGCUGUGUCAAUGUUCUUGUGUCUACAUUUAGAAAUACGAUACUAGCAGAAUGUGCGGAGAUGAUAAAAUCCAACGAAACCGAAAAGUUGCAGCUGAUGUUCAAGUUAAUGGAUCGUGUUCCUGAUGGUAUAGCACCAAUGCUAAAGGACCUCGAAGACCAUAUAAUUAAUGCAGGGCUUGCUGAUAUGGUCGCAUCAGCGGAUGUUAUAACCCAGGAUUCUGAGAAAUACGUAGAAAGGCUGCUUAAAUUGUUCAAUCAGUUCAGUAAACUUGUAAAGGAGGCAUUCAAUGAUGAUCCACGGUUCUUGACUGCAAGAGAUAAAGCUUAUAAGCAGGUUGUAAACGAUACAACUGUAUUUAGGCUUGAGCUGCCUAAUAAACAGUGUGGUGGUGUUAAAAGCCAACCAGAAUCUAAAUGCCCAGAACUUCUUGCUAACUACUGUGAUAUGCUUCUCAGAAAAACACCUCUCAGCAAAAGAUUAACCUCAGACCAGAUAGAGUCGAAAUUAAAAGAUGUUCUAUUGGUUUUGAAAUACGUUCAAAAUAAAGAUGUAUUCAUGAGGUUUCACAAAGCUCACCUUACUAGAAGAUUGAUCUUAGACACCUCUGCUGAUUCAGAAAAGGAAGAAAAUAUGGUAGAAUGGUUGAGAGAAGUUGGUAUGCCUGCAGAUUAUGUAAAUAAAUUAGCUAGGAUGUUUCAGGAUAUUAAAGUUAGUGAAGAUUUGAAUCAACAAUUCAAAGAAGAAUAUAGAUCUACUAAAGGAAGUAUAGCAGAAUCAAUAAAUAUAAAAAUAUUAAAUGCUGGUGCAUGGGCUAGGGGAAGUGAAAGAGUAACUGUGUCAUUACCACUUGAAUUAGAAGAUUACAUACCUGAGGUUGAAGACUUUUAUAAAAAGAAACACAGCGGAAGGAAACUUCAAUGGUAUCAUCAUAUGUCUAAUGGAACGAUUACAUUUUCAAAUGGAAUUGGGAGAUUUGAUGUCGAUGUCACCACCUUCCAAAUGGCUGUUCUGUUUGCAUGGAACCAACGACCAUUUGAUAAGAUCUCUUAUGAGAAUCUCCGGUUAGCAACUGAACUUCCGGAUCCAGAGCUGAGAAGAACAUUAUGGUCUUUGGUUGCAUUCCCUAAGUUGAAAAGGCAAGUUGUAAUUUAUACACCAGAAGUUCAGUCUCCAAAAGAUUUUGAUGAGAACACUGUAUUUUGGAUUAAUCAAGAAUUUGGUCUAGUCAAAAAUGGAAAAUUACAAAAAAGGGGGAAAAUAAAUCUAGUUGGUAGGUUGCAGUUAUCAACUGAGAGAAGCAAAGAAGAAGAUAAUGAAAGUAUAGUUCAGCUACGGAUAUUGAGAGUUCAGGAGGCAAUAAUUAAAAUACUAAAAAUGCGAAAAAGGAUUAGUAAUGCACAGCUCCAAACCGAGUUAAUAGACAUUUUAAAAAAUAUGUUCCUACCAAGUAAAAAAAUGAUCAAAGAGCAAAUAGAAUGGCUAAUUGAACAUAAAUACAUGCGAAGGGAUGAGGACGAUAUAAAUACAUUUAUUUACAUGGCAUGAUUAUUCUUUAUGAAGAUAUUUAAUAUUAUCUCUGCGCUAUUUUUGUAUUUUUCCUCAUCGUUAAAUGUUAUUGGUUAUCAUGAAGUUGUCAGGUAACAUUAGUUGCUAAAUACUUAUGUAUAAAACCAUUGUAUAGUUGUGUGUCUGUUACAAUCAACAACGGGUGUACGAUUACUUUGUAAAUAUUGUAUCUUAUUAUUAUAUAUUUAAACUUUAUGAAUGAAAUUAGUUACUCAUAAUGAUUAAGCAUUCAAUAAUUUAUUGCUUAAUUGAUCAAAAUACGAGGCUUGUUUUGAGCUUUACUGCUUCCUUAUAGGAAUAAUUUAAAAACAGUAUCGAAUAUGUAGUUGUAGAUCUGGCUCUGAAAAUGUCCAUUUAAAUCACUGUGUACCACAAUUAUUUUUGUAUAUAAUUGUAUAAGAAAUCUGUUGAUGUUUAUAUAUACAUAAGAUAUAUCAUGAAUAGCAUGGUUGAAUUAAUUGAAGACUUGAAAUGAAAAUGAGCGAACGUUUAGGAUGUAGGUUAGUAAUUUUAAUCGACCUUUAAAUAAAAUAAUUUUAUUAAGAGAAAGUUACUUAAUUAUUUUCAUGCCUGGUGUUCAUAAUUUUUCUUUAUUAGUAUAAUUCGUAGUUGUACUCAUUGGUACACUUUUAUAAUCAAAUUAAAUUAUGUCAUAUGAUUUUUAAAAGUUACAAGCUGUUUUUAUAAAACUUUUAAGAGCGGAUAAUAUAAAUUAUUUCAUAAUGCACAUUAGAAAAAAUUAAUUUCUAAUUAUCAUAAUGUAAUAAAAUCUUCAAAUGUAAUAUGAUGUUAGAUGAAUGAUCCUUUUUAGUAUAAUGAAUUGUUAUAUCUCCGAGUAUAAACAAGGCUUUUGAAACAAGGCCAAUGUGUUUAUAGUAUGUCCAAAAAUUAAAAAAAAAAAGUAUAAAUAUCUACUGUUGUUCAUAUAAUUGUACAUAUUCACUAUUACUCACUAUUAAUUUCUUAUUACUUCAAGUCUUCAUCACUAUUUCAUGCUAUCAAAAGCAAUUUUUUUUAUCUAUUGCCAAUGUCUAUUUAAAGUUCAAGUUACCAGCAAUACAGUGGAACUUUUUUUAUUCAAUUUAAUUCCGAAUUUCUUCUAUGAUAAGAUGUUUUUGUAUAAGUUACAUCCUUAUUAAACUCAACAUCUUUUUUUGUUCUUUGGUCUUUGCUGCAUACGAUUUUUUGUUUGAAC